AUGGCAUUCUCGAUUGCCUCAUCAUACAACAAGCUACGAAUAUUUGUUGAUUCGACGACGAAUGAUGCCUUGCCCGCAGCCAAUGCAAUCUUACAAGCCACUGAGUCCCUUACCACAAACCUACCAGCGGUAGGGCUCGGGGAAGAAGCCACGGCGGCACAUCUUCUGUCUGAUAUAACCCCUGGCUUUAAUGGUCCUAAAACUUCAUCUAACUAUUAUGGAUUUGUCACUGGUGGUGUCUUUCCAAUCGCAGAAGUUGCUGAUAAUAUCGUCACUGCUUUUGAUCAAAAUGUUCAAGUGCAUUUACCUGAUCAAAGCAUCAGCACAAUUAUCGAAGACAAAGCCUUGGGAAUGCUUGCAGAGCUGUUGAAUUUGGGUGAGGGCUGGGAAGGCAGAACUUUUACUACCGGAGCUACUGGUUCAAAUGCCCUUGGAUUGGCUUGUGGACGGGAAGCUGUGAUUGGUCGGCGGCUCCAAAUGAAUGGAGAGAGUAGAGCAGUUGGAGAAUUAGGGUUGCUUAUGGCUUGUAAUAAAGCUGGAAUCACAGAGAUUCAGAUACUGACUUCUAUGGCUCAUAGCUCUACAUAUAAAGCAGCCAGUAUUGUUGGUCUGGGACGGGCUUGUGUCAAGGAUAUUGGAGUCAGUCCAUCCGAGCCAUGGAAGAUUGAUCUAGGUAUUUUGGAACACGAGUUGGCUAGGGAGAAAGAUGGAGUGGUUAGUAUCGUUUCAUUGAGUGCUGGGGAGGUCAAUACUGGAAGAUUUGCAACGAAUGGAAGGCACGAGAUGGAAAAAGUUCGCGAACUUUGCGACCGGUAUGGUGCCUGGCUACAUGUUGAUGGAGCUUUCGGACUUUUUGCCCAAAGUCUUCCCGACACUGCUGAAUUUGCCACUUUAAGGAGUGUAUCGGCGGGUAUUGAGUUAGCUGAUUCAAUCACUGGCGAUUGUCAUAAAAUGCUCAAUGUGCCUUAUGAUUGUGGUUUCUUCUUUAGUAGAUCAGCAACAAUUCUUUCAUCCGUAUUUCAAAACCCAAAUGCAGCAUACCUCUCAUCUGGACCAUCAACCAUCCCACCACCUCUCAAUAUUGGCCUCGAGAACUCACGCCGAUUCAGAGCUCUUCCAGUCUAUGCCGUGUUAUUGGCGUAUGGACGUGAAGGUUUAAGUGAGAUGUUUGCUCGUCAAGUCAGAUUAGCAAGGGGCAUUUGUAUGUUCUUAGAUGCACAUGCGGCAUACGAGCUCCUCGCAAAAGGCAAAUUGCAGAAUGAAAAUGUGAUUGAGAAUACACACAUCAUUGUCAUAUUCCGAGCAAAAAAUGACAGUAUUAACAAUGAACUGGUGAAAAGAAUUAAUGCCACCAGAAUGAUGUAUCUAUCGGGAACGAAAUGGGAAGGGAAAUCGGCGUGCAGAAUUGCGGUUAGCACGUGGAAAGUCGAUGUGGAUCGGGAUUUAAAACUCAUUCAAAAUAUCUUAGAAGAAGUCCUCCGGGAUUAG